GAACAAGAAGAAAUCUACUUGAUUCAGGUACUCUCAAGAUUCUUACAGGAUUAAAUUCUCCUUUAAGCGCUUAUGUCUGGAAGCAUUCAGAUAAAAGAAAGCCCAGGCACAGUCGAACAGAGGUUUCCAGGAGCUGCUGGUCCCAUCUUCCAAGGCUCUGCUCAACUCAGAGCCGCUUCUUCCAAAGUCUACAUCUUGGUGGACUUUGCAGAGGAAACCGGGAGGUAGAGACACGUGAGGUCGUGAUGGAACUUGAAGAGGACUUUAAGGGAAGAACAGACAAGAACUUCUCAAAGAUGGGCAAAAAGAGUAAAAAGGAGAAGAAAGAAAAGAAACCAGCAGUCAGUGUGCUUACAAUGUUUCGUUAUGCAGGUUGGCUGGACAGGUUGUACAUGCUGGUGGGAACUCUGGCUGCUAUUAUCCAUGGAGUGGCACUCCCACUUAUGAUGCUGAUCUUUGGCGACAUGACAGAUAGCUUUGCAAAUGUAGGAAACUUCUCUAAAAACAAUACUAAUACAAGUGAUGCCGAUAAAAGAGCCAUGUUUGCCAAACUGGAGGAUGAAAUGACCACGUACGCCUACUAUUACACCGGGAUUGGUGCUGGUGUGCUCAUAGUUGCCUACAUCCAGGUUUCAUUUUGGUGCCUGGCAGCUGGAAGACAGAUACACAAGAUUAGGCAGAAGUUUUUUCAUGCUAUAAUGAAUCAGGAGAUAGGCUGGUUUGACGUGCAUGACGUUGGGGAGCUCAACACCCGGCUCACAGAUGAUGUUUCCAAAAUUAAUGAAGGAAUUGGUGACAAAAUUGGAAUGUUCUUCCAGGCAAUGGCAACAUUUUUUGGUGGUUUUAUAAUAGGAUUUACCCGUGGCUGGAAGCUAACCCUUGUGAUUUUGGCCAUCAGCCCUGUUCUUGGACUGUCAGCUGGUAUUUGGGCAAAGAUAUUGUCUUCAUUUACUGAUAAGGAACUCCAUGCUUAUGCAAAAGCUGGAGCAGUUGCUGAAGAAGUCUUAGCAGCCAUCAGAACUGUGAUUGCCUUUGGAGGACAAAAGAAGGAACUUGAAAGGUACAAUAACAAUUUGGAAGAAGCUAAAAGGCUGGGGAUAAAGAAAGCUAUCACGGCCAACAUCUCUAUGGGUGCAGCUUUUCUUCUUAUCUAUGCAUCAUAUGCUCUGGCAUUCUGGUAUGGGACUUCCUUGGUCAUCUCCCGUGAAUACACUAUUGGACAAGUGCUCACUGUCUUCUUUUCUGUGUUAAUUGGAGCAUUUAGUGUUGGACAGGCAUCUCCAAAUAUUGAAGCCUUCGCCAAUGCUCGAGGAGCAGCUUAUGAAGUCUUCAAAAUAAUUGAUAAUAAGCCCAGUAUAGACAGCUUCUCAAAGAGUGGGCACAAACCAGACAACAUACAAGGAAAUCUGGAAUUCAAGAAUAUUCACUUCAGUUACCCAUCUCGAAAAGAAGUUCAGAUCUUGAAGGGCCUCAAUCUGAAGGUGAAGAGCGGACAGACGGUGGCCCUGGUUGGCAACAGUGGCUGNGGAAAAAGCACAACUGUCCAGCUGAUGCAGAGGCUCUACGACCCCCUAGAGGGCGUGGUCAGUAUCGACGGACAGGACAUCAGAACCAUCAAUGUGAGGUAUCUGAGGGAAAUCAUUGGUGUGGUGAGUCAGGAACCUGUGCUGUUUGCCACCACGAUCGCUGAGAACAUUCGCUAUGGCCGAGAAGAUGUCACCAUGGNUGAGAUUGAGAAAGCUGUCAAGGAAGCCAAUGCCUAUGACUUCAUCAUGAAACUGCCCCAACAAUUUGACACCCUGGUUGGUGAGAGAGGGGCGCAGCUGAGUGGGGGACAGAAACAGAGAAUCGCCAUCGCCCGGGCCCUGGUCCGCAACCCCAAGAUCCUUUUGUUGGACGAGGCCACCUCAGCCCUGGAUACAGAAAGUGAAGCUGUGGUUCAGGCCGCACUGGAUAAGGCUAGAGAAGGCCGGACCACCAUUGUGAUAGCUCAUCGCUUGUCUACAGUUCGUAAUGCUGACGUCAUUGCUGGUUUUGAUGGUGGUGUCAUUGUGGAGCAAGGAAAUCAUGAUGAGCUCAUGAGAGAAAAGGGCAUUUACUUCAAACUUGUCAUGACACAGACAGCAGGAAAUGAAAUUGAAUUAGGAAAUGAAGCUUGUAAAUCUAAGGAUGAAAUUGAUAAUUUAGACAUGUCUUCAAAAGAUUCAGGAUCCAGUCUAAUAAGAAGAAGAUCAACUCGCAAAAGCAUCUGUGGACCACAUGACCAAGACAGGAAGCUUAGUACCAAAGAGGCCCUGGAUGAAGAUGUACCUCCAGCUUCCUUUUGGCGAAUCCUGAAGUUGAAUUCAACUGAAUGGCCUUAUUUUGUGGUUGGUAUAUUUUGUGCCAUAAUAAAUGGAGGCUUACAGCCAGCAUUCUCCGUAAUAUUUUCAAAAGUUGUAGGGGUUUUUACAAACGGUGGCCCCCCUGAAACCCAGCAGCAGAACAGCAACUUGUUUUCCUUGUUGUUUCUGGUCCUUGGGAUCAUUUCUUUCAUUACAUUUUUUCUUCAGGGCUUCACAUUUGGCAAAGCUGGAGAGAUCCUCACUAAGCGACUCCGAUACAUGGUUUUCAAAUCCAUGCUGAGACAGGAUGUGAGCUGGUUUGAUGACCCUAAAAACACCACCGGAGCACUGACCACUAGGCUCGCCAACGAUGCUGCUCAAGUGAAAGGGGCUACAGGGUCUAGGCUUGCUGUGAUUUCCCAGAACAUAGCAAAUCUUGGGACAGGAAUCAUCAUAUCCCUAAUCUACGGCUGGCAACUGACACUUUUACUCUUAGCAAUUGUACCCAUCAUCGCGAUAGCAGGAGUGGUUGAGAUGAAAAUGUUGUCUGGACAAGCACUGAAAGAUAAGAAGGAACUAGAAGGUUCUGGAAAGAUUGCUACGGAAGCCAUUGAAAACUUCCGCACUGUCGUCUCUUUGACUCGGGAGCAGAAGUUUGAAACCAUGUAUGCCCAGAGCUUGCAGAUACCAUACAGAAAUGCGAUGAAGAAAGCACACGUGUUUGGGAUCACGUUCUCCUUCACCCAGGCCAUGAUGUAUUUUUCUUAUGCUGCUUGUUUCCGGUUCGGUGCCUACUUGGUGGCACAACAACUCAUGACUUUUGAAAAUGUUCUGUUAGUAUUCUCAGCUAUUGUCUUUGGUGCCAUGGCAGUGGGGCAGGUCAGUUCAUUCGCUCCUGACUAUGCGAAAGCCACAGUGUCAGCAUCCCACAUCAUCAGGAUCAUCGAGAAAAUCCCCGAGAUUGACAGCUAUAGCACGAAAGGCCUAAAGCCUAAUAUGUUGGAAGGAAAUGUGCAAUUUAGUGGAGUCAUGUUCAAUUAUCCCACCCGACCCAACAUCCCAGUGCUUCAGGGACUGAGCCUCGAAGUGAAGAAGGGCCAGACGCUGGCCCUGGUGGGCAGCAGUGGCUGUGGGAAGAGCACAGUGGUCCAGCUGCUUGAGCGCUUCUACAACCCCAUGGCUGGAUCAGUGUUUCUAGAUGGCAAAGAAAUAAAGCAACUGAAUGUCCAGUGGCUCCGAGCUCAACUGGGCAUUGUGUCCCAGGAGCCCAUUCUCUUUGACUGCAGCAUCGCAGAGAACAUCGCCUACGGAGACAACAGCCGGGUCGUGUCUCAUGAGGAGAUUGUGAGGGCAGCCAAGGAGGCCAACAUCCACCAGUUCAUCGACUCGCUGCCUGAUAAAUACAACACCAGAGUAGGAGACAAAGGCACUCAGCUGUCGGGUGGGCAGAAGCAGCGCAUCGCCAUCGCGCGCGCCCUCGUCAGACAGCCUCACAUUUUACUUCUGGACGAAGCAACAUCAGCUCUGGAUACAGAAAGUGAAAAGGUUGUCCAGGAAGCACUAGACAAAGCCAGGGAAGGCCGCACCUGCAUUGUGAUCGCUCACCGCCUGUCCACCAUCCAGAACGCAGACUUGAUCGUGGUGAUUCAGAACGGCAAGGUCAAGGAGCACGGCACCCACCAGCAGCUGCUGGCACAGAAGGGCAUCUAUUUCUCAAUGGUCAGUGUGCAGGCUGGAGCAAAGCGCUCAUGAACUGUGACCAAGUAAGAUGUUAAGUAUUUUUAUUGUUUGUAUUCAUAUAUGGUGUUUAAUCCAAGUCAAAAGGAAAACACUUACUAGAAUAGCCAGUUAUCUAUUUCCUGCCACAGUGGAAAGCAUUUAAUCUGGUUUAGAGUCUUCAGAGACUUUGUAAUUAAAAAAAACAAAAAUAGAUACAGCAUCAAAUGGAGAUUAAUGCUUUAAAAUGCACUAUAAAAUUUAUAAAAGGGUUAAAAGUAAAUGUUUGAUAAUAUAUACUUUUAUUUAUACUUUCUCAUUUGUAACUAUAACUGAUUUCUGCUUAACAAAUUAUGUAUGUAUCAAAAAUUACUGAAAUGUUUGUAUAAAGUAUAUAUAGUGAAAGUGAGCAUUCAUAUUUUUGAGUUAUUUUGCUCAAAAUGCAUGCGAAAUUAUAUAUUGUCCCAAUUGGAAUAUUGUACAUAAUUUUAGCCUUUAAAAAAUGGUCCAUUACUGGGGGGGGGAGGGGCGUCACUCAAUGGGUAAAGUGAUACUCAGACAUGAGCACCUGAGUUCAGAUCCCUGCCACCUAAGUAAGCAGCAAGGUGUGGUGUGUUUGUAAUGCCAGUGCUAGAGGCAGAAACAGGCUCAGUGGCUGGCCAGACAGCCUAGCCAACAUAGCGCGUUCCAGGUUCAGUGAGAAAACCUGUCUCAAAAUCAGAGGAAAAAGCAAAUGAGGGUGUCAGACAUGUGCACACAUGCAAAUGCCAUACAUGCAGAAGUAUGUGCACACACACGCACACAUUAACCAACGACUAGUAAGGAAAAUGAAGGGGGAUAAGAGGGGUGGAACUGAGACAAAGGAGGGCACCUGGAUGAACACGACUGAAGGACGUUUUGUACACAUAUGAAAACGUCGUACUGAAACUCACUACAAUGUAUACUUAAUAUAUGCUAAUAAAAUAUUUUUAAAAGAAAAAAUAUCCAUAAUUGUAAAUAAGAGGAUCUUAUAAUUAAAAGACCCUAAG